AUGGAUAUAUUUUCAGAAUGUCCUUUCAUCCUUAUUACACCAAAAUUUAUGUCUAUCUAUGUCGGGGAAACAGCAAGAUUUGAAGUGAACGAAGAAGCUAAAGUGCACCCUGCCUUCGAAGCAAGAUGGCAAAAAAGGCAAAAUUAUUUUAUUGAAAAUAUCAAUAUAUCUAAAAGAAAGUACCAGAAAACUGAAAUAUUACACUCCCCUUCAUUUGUCGUCAAUAACGCCAGCUUUGAAGAAGAAGGGUACUAUCGGCUUCAAGUGAGAAUCUCAGAAGGAUGGUGCACAAGCGAUUGGGUACAGUUGGCAAUCAAAGGAAGACCUAAUUUAGGAGCAAAGAUCACAGAAUAUAACAUAACUACACAUGGCAUAGAGUUGAAGUGGAGACAUCCGUCCAGAGAUUCUGACCUGGUACAGUCUUACAGUGUUGAGCUGAAGAGUGCUGAAAAUUCUAUUAUAAUGAAAAAUGAAUUUGUCGGAAGGCAAACAGAUUACAAACUGAAGUCAGAUUUUGUACCUGGUGCUGUGUACGUGUUUACUAUUAUUUCCACGGUAUUACUCAGCGAUCCGCAGGAAACCAUCCAUGUUCGCUCAGAAAACAGAUAUAUCGUAGAGCCACUUCCUCCUGGCCCUAUCUUUAGAAAUGUUAGUAGCUUCCACCCAGAGAAAUUAAACCUCACAUGGUCUCUUCCACGAAACAACACUCGUGUUUAUAAAUAUAGGAUUACUAUUGAUAACGAUUAUUAUUACUCAUACUCCAAUGCAAUAGUCUGGUCGAAUAGAUUGGAUCCCGGGAGAAAUUAUUCAGUCAGUCUUAUCGCAAUCAGUCGAGAUGACUAUUAUGGCUACUACCCGUAUGAAACAAAAGAAAGCGUUCUAUACAAGGAACAGAUAGAAACUCUACGUACACCUACAUUAAACAUUUCUUAUGACGAAAACCCGAUAGUACCAUAUCGUUCUACAUUGAGGAUAAAUGCUUCUGUUCUAAAUAAUCCUGACUUCCCACCUGUCACCGAAACCAAAUGGCGAAAGAUCAAAAAUGGGAUGAUGACCGAUUUAGACACGACAGAAGAAAGAUAUAGAGGAAGUUUGCUGGACCUCGAAGAUCCUCUUCUGGUCAUCAACAGAGUGGACUUCGAUCUUGAUGGUGGUUUUUUCUACCAAUGUCUUGCACUGAACUCAGACGGAUGGGGGUCAAGUUUGAAUUCCGUCAACGUAAGGGUUUCAGGAAGCUUGCACUUUUCUGAGCCAUGCAACAAAUCUAGGGAAUGCUUACCAAAUAUUGCUUUAGAGUGUCGCACUGAGCAAUGUCUCUGUAAUUCUUCUUUUUAUCACAAAAAUUCGACUUGUUAUAAUAGUAAUUUUUCGAUUGAAUGGAACCCGCCCUCUCAGGAUGAGGAGCUGAUAUCAGGGUAUGAGAUAAUCCUUGAAGAAAACUGGAGGUCAAAAGAAAACUUUCCAGUUGGAAAUCAAACAGCGUAUACAUCUCUAUGUAACCUUAGACCAGGCCGCCUUUAUGAAAUCCAUAUCAGGACCGAAGUUCAAUUGAGCAACCCUGAUCAGACCAUUUACAUAGAUAACCCGAGGACUGAAGUGAUUUUAGAGCCACUGUCACCUGGACCAUUAUCAACUUCCUGCAAUUUCUCCGCGGACAAUUUAUUUUUGAGGUGGACUGAUUCAGAGAACAAUAGCUUUGUUAACCGUUAUAAAGUGAACAUCGAUGGCUAUGAACAAAUGACAGAGGGGGACGUGCCGGAGAUAUUUUGGGAGAAACUUCUGAUGUCACACAACUAUUAUAACGUUACUAUUACAGCAUUAAGUUAUGGAUAUACAACUAAUUAUCCUUCAUAUGGGGAACGUGAAAGUAAACCAUCUGUUUAUACCAUAAAAACAUUAGAAAGCCAGUAUGAUGUAAAUGUAUCCAUGCCAUAUGGAGACGGCGACUUCGUUCUCACUGGAAAUGAUAAUACGAGUCAAAGAUUAAAAGCCAUAACUACAGCUUAUAUUGGUAACGGGUCGAUGGAAGGGUUCAACAAUGUCAUAAUUGGAACAAAUGGUAUAAUUGGACUGAAUCCGAGGAGCGAUAACUUUAAUAGGGCUGACAAUCCUGAUAAACACUCGCUAAAAAAGAAAGACAAACAAAUUAUUUGUCCCUUUUGUACGGAUUUAUCAUCAGACGCUUCAGGAAAAGUAUAUUUCCAAUCUUAUGAGAGAAAAGAGAAUGCAAAAGACAUUGCGUUAAUAGAAAAAGCAGAUAAAAUUGUAAAGAAAUACUUCAAGGAUUUUAAAGAUUUUGAAGCUACCUGGCUCGUGAAAGUGACGUGGGAAAAUAUGACACUUUUUGAUCAUAAAUCACAGAAAAAAGUAACUUUCCAGUGUCUCCUGAUAUCAGAUGGCGACAACACAUUUACAGUAAUGAAUUAUUUGGAUGUGAAUUUGCAGUCUAUUAAAGAGCGGAAAAUUGUUAUAGGAUACCGAUACCGUAGCAUUUCGAAAACAAAUCCCUUUUCCCUUCAAGAGGGAGCUUUUACGAUGAGCAAAAACCCUGGAAAUCGAGGUGAACCUGGUGUCUGGAUCUACAAAAUGACGGAAGGGGUACGGGAAUUAAAAGAUAAAGCAGCGUGCACAAAGUGGCAUUUGGAAAAUAAUAAUAAUUUUGGUAACAGCAGGCCACACAUUCAAUGUCCUUGUCAUAACAGGCUUCUCAAGUUUGACCCGCGAUUCACCAUAAACAGAUUUGACAAAGAAAACAGGUUACUGUGCUAUGCUUCCGUGAUAGUAGACUCCAACAUUGAAUGUUGCUAUGAUAUGUACGCCGACACAAAUAAUUUAGGGCCAUUACAACGAUCAAAGCCAAAAGCAGGAACCAUUUUAAAGUAUAAUCCGUUCUUUCAACGCCCCAACUACACCAAGAAUGAUCGGACACCAAAACAUCAGUGCUGUAGUACAGGACAAUGUGACUUGUACUACAAACUUCGUCAUAUUCCAAGUUGUUAUAGGAGGUCUCCUUUUCAAACUGGAAUUAACUAUGGGGAUCCCCAUAUAACUACACUUGAUGGCAAGGACUACACCUUUAAUGGGUAUGGAGAAUACACCAUGAUGAAAAUAAACUCCAGCACAACGAACUUCGAACUGCAGGCUCGAACAGAUCUUGUAACAACGGAAAGUGGAAAGAUUAUCAAUGCCUCAAUAUUUAGUGCUUUUGUGGCUAAAGACCAAACAGGAGCCAAAGUACAGGUCGAAAUGUCCAAAGACAAAAAAUUGAUGGUUAUAUUGGUCAAUGGAAGAGAUCUGACAAAUAAAUUCAAAAAUACAAGCUACACAUUCUUGACAUCUGAUAUAUUUCUGCAGUGGGAAAAUGACAAAAUUUCUGCUUCAUUUUUGAAAUCGACAAUUGCUGUUAAAGUAAGUCUAGGAAAAGACUUUUUGGUCUGCGAAACGCUUGUCAGCAAGAACCAUAAAGGAAAGAUACUGGGCUUAAUGGGAAACUUUGAUGGAAUUAAAGAAAACGAUUUCAUUCUGCCAAAUGGAACACAGUUACAUGAAAAUUUGACAAGCACAGAGAGGCGAAUAUUUUAUAACUUUGGACAGCAAUGGUUGGUAAAUGAAAGUUCGCUUUUUCAAUAUGAUGAAAGCAUGACCUACAGAAAUUUUUCACAUCCCGAUUUUGUGCCAAUAUUUACCGACGAAAUGGAUGCAGAUCGGCUAGAUGAUGCAAAGACAAAAUGUGGUCCACGUCCUUCGUCAGCCUGUAUUUCUGACUAUCUUGCAACGGGGGACCUGAAUCUUGCAUUGUCAUCUGGAAAGAAAGAGAAAAGCUCGAAAGCAGAUAUCGCUGUCAUAGAAAAUGAAACGCCGCAAAUAUCUGGUAAUACCACAAUAAAUGUUGAAAUUAACAAGGAGGUGGAUUUGAUGUUCAACGUCUCUGAUGAUGGAAAUCAAAGACCAGUGUACAAAAUUCUGCAUCAACCUAGGAAUUUUUUCUUCGAUAAUAAAACUGGAAUUGCUAAAUGGACUCCAACAACUGAUAACAUGGCAGGAAUCAGUAUCAUCGCAGAAGAUGCAGUUGGCGCUCUAUCUCCUGUAUUAGAUGUUAUAAUCAACGUAUGCCCCGGAUGUGGAAAUCAUGGUGCAUGUAAUUAUGAAUCUGCUUUUCCAACAGCAAACGAUCAGAUACACAGAGUCACUUGCAACUGUGAAAUUGGGUAUUCUGGUGAGAUGUGUGAAAAAGAAACAGAUGCAUGUCUUCAAAGUCCAUGUUCCCAUGGAAGGGACUGCAUUGACCUUACUCCCGAAGAAGAAGUCAAAUUAGGCCGUGGAUAUAAUUGCUCAGAAUGUCCGAGUGGCUUUAAGGAAAUUGAAAAUAAAUGUGCAGAUAUUGAUGAAUGUUCUUCUGCAUCGACCAGUUCCUGUAACGUUACUACCGAGACUUGUGAAAACACAGAGGGGAGUUAUAUAUGUAAUUGUAUCAGUGGUUUUAGAAAAGUUGAUGGCAUUUGUCAAGAUAUUGACGAGUGUUUGGAGCUUUCAUCGGGAUGUGAACAAAUCUGUCAAAAUACACAAGGCUCAUUUAAUUGUAAUUGUCACCUGGGUUUUCUCUUGAAUUCAAACAGGGCUUCCUGUGACAAAGGAGCCAUAAAUCCCUGUGAAAACUUUGAAAAGGAAUGUGAAUAUUCGUGUGGCAAUAUUAGCGGAACCAUAAAAUGUAUUUGUCCACUAGGAUUUGAGUUGGCCAAGAACAACAUUAACUGUAAAGAUAUCAAUGAAUGCGAACUACCUACUUCCAAGUGUGAACAAGGUUGUAUCAAUAGUAAAGGGUCAUUCAAUUGCACGUGUCGAUCUGGGUACUUCCUGAACGAGGAUAAAACAUCAUGUUCAGAAUGUGUUCUGCCCAUGUACGGAGAAAACUGCAGCCAGGUCUGUGAAUGUGGACCAGGUGUGGAUAGAUGUGACCCAGUCAGUGGGUGUGUCUGUCUGUCAGGAUGGACAGGUGUCAAAUGUGAUGAAGAUAUUGAUGAAUGCUCAAUAGACCCAUUUAUAUGUGGUUCUAAUCGAGUAUGCCAGAAUCUUGAAGGUUCAUACUCGUGCAUUUGUGAGAAAGGUUUCAAAAAGGGCAAUGAGAAAUGCGAAGAUAUUGACGAGUGUGCUGACACAAGCCUUAAUGAUUGUCCUGAAUCAACAACAUUUUGCCAAAACACGCAUGGUAGUUAUUUAUGUGAGUGUCAAAAAGGAUUCCAAAAACAGAAUGACAGAUGUGAAGAUAUAAAUGAGUGUGAUACGGGAAUUCAUGGCUGUUCUCAAAUGUGUAUCAAUGUAGAUGGUGGCUAUAACUGUGCCUGUUACUAUGGAUUUACUCUACGAAAUGACCGAAAGACGUGCGAAGAAGUAAAAGACUCUUGUUCCCUAUAUCCUGGGCUUAGCUGUAGUUAUGCUUGCAAGCCGUCUGUACGCGAUCCAGGCAACGGGGUUUGUUUCUGUGAACAUGGAUACGAGCUUGGCAAUGACCAGAAAACCUGUAUUGAUAUUAAUGAAUGUAAAAGGAACUCGGUGUGUGAUCAGAAUUGUACAAACACGAUAGGGUCCGUUGAAUGUGAUUGUGCUAUUGGUUACGAGCUACAAAAUGACGGUAAAUCCUGCAAAGUUUGUAAUGGGUAUUUUUAUGGCGUGAACUGUGCAACACCAUGUAAAUGUGGACGAGGUGCAAAGUCGUGUCAUCCUGUAACUGGUUGUGUCUGCGAGCCAGGUUGGACUGGAGAGACUUGUGAAAUGGAUAUCGAUGAAUGUAAGAAUAAUCCAUGUAUGGAAGAACAUCAGAUAUGUGUAAACACUCCAGGUUCAUUCCGAUGCGACUGCGUUGCAGGUUUUAUAAAUGUCAACGGAAAUUGUCUAGACAUUGACGAAUGUGAGAAUCCAACAGCUUGUACACAGAAGUGUAUAAAUACAGAAGGAAGUUACACAUGUGGCUGUAAAGCUGGUUACAGAUUAGCAGAUACAGAUGAUUGCAGGGACAUUGAUGAAUGCAAUAAUGUCAGAUGUCAUGAUUGCUCUAAUUGGCCUGGAGGCUUCCAGUGUUCCUGCAAUGAAGGAUAUGAGCUCAACUCAGCUACCCUUGAAUGCAAUAAUGUAAAUGAAUGCAUUGAUGGUAACAACCAAUGUUCUUCUAACGCGAAUUGCACAGAUACUAUUGGUAGUUACGAGUGUAGUUGUCAUCAAGGAUAUAAAGGAAAUGGGCGUGUUUGCACAGCAUGCCAACCCUUUACUUUUGGGGAACAAUGCUCUCAGAAAUGUUCAUGUGUUCUUGACAAAACGAAAGAAUGUGAUCCUUCAUCUGGAAUGUGUCGUUGCAAAUCUGGAUGGGAGGGAAAAGACUGCUCGCAGGAUGUAGAUGAAUGCAAUGAAGGCCUUAAACAUUGUGACGAGGAUUUGCAAGUCUGUGUUAAUACACCAGCUUCCGCUCACUGUGAAUGUCGAUAUGGAGGAUUAAACCUUGAUAGGUGUAUUCAUCCAAGGCCAGCGUAUAGCACAAAUGAGACGGAAACAAAAGUAAAACUGGAAGUCAAGUUUGAAACUAAUACAAGUCGACAGGAAUUUUUAACACGCACUGAACAAUUACUGGAAGAAUUCGAAGCUGUGUUAGAAAGUUACUACAGGAAGGAAAACGUUAGUGGAUUUUUUCAAGUUAAAAUCCUGUCUAUCCGGUUUGGAAGCUUGAUUGUUGACUAUGAAAUAAUUGGAGACAAGAAUGAUUCCAUGAGCCUCAAAAGCGAUCUGGCCACAAGUAUGACAAGGCUACUCAAAGGCCAAAGAAAACUCCUUGUCUUACAACAAACACCAGCCAUAUUGCACAUCAGAAUAAAAAACGAAAAUGAUCUGACGAUUGAAUACGUUUCUGCAUCUUCGAGCCCCUGUUUUGUGUUCGGGAGUUUUGGCGCUACCUGUCCAGCAGGAAAACAAUGUGACGACUCUUCAGGUGUGGCAGCCUGUGUGAAUGUAUCAGAUAAAGAUAUGCCAACUCUUUUAAUUGUUGUUGGAAUAAGCGUACCACUGUGUAUCCUUAUAGUCGCCUUGGUGGUCAUGUACAUAUACCAUAACAAAAAUUCUAAUCUUACUAGAGUAAUUGAUAUUAUGGAGACAAACAUGAAAAUGAAGGAAUACAAAGAGCUUUCUUUUCCGUCCGAAGAAAAGAAAGGGGUUCAAAAAGAAUUCGUCAGACCUGCAUGGGUUUACUAACAACUGAUGACCUCAGCUGAAAACACAAAUCGAAAACGGAAAAAAAUGACCUCUUGUAUUAAUCUUGAGAGACUUGUUAAUUGAAUAUUUUAUGUAGUAUGAAACGAAAUGGUUUGUAGUCGCUUAAACGAUGUUCUUAAAGCAUGAAUAAUACAAUCUUAUACAUAUUUUUUGUAAAUUGAAAUGAUUUAAAAAAUGUUUCAGGGCAGAUAUUCCACAUGAAAAUGCUGUUAUGCUACACUUCUUUGUUGAAAAUGAUACUUUUAAUACGAUUUGAUACGAUUUAUUUGAAUAAAUACCAGUUGAUUUUCUU